UUUGAAAAUAUUUCAUGGAAUACCAGUUCAAAAAGAGGGCUAAAACUGCAGACAGAAGGACUCGGAAAUUCUCUGCUGAUAGGCUUAGUAAAGGCAAAAGUUAUACUUCUUUUAAAUAAAUAUCUACAGAAUCCAGCCAAAUAUUGUUCAGCGAAUACUCUUAGGAACAGUAUCAUCCCCCAAUCUUUUACAAAGGGACAGAGAUUUUUAAGUGCAGGCACAGGCGGUGCUAAAGUUGAGUUUACUAACGUGUCCAAUAAAAUGGGCUCCAACAUUGCAUCUUCCUUUGGACACGGAAAUAAAUUCACUUUCAAAGCUAUGAACAAUAACCCUGGACCUGGCUGCUAUGAUAUCACUUCAAAAAGACAGAAGAAAAAUCGAAGAAAAAUAAAAUGAACAUUUGGAAUCACUUAUGAUGAAAGAAAAACAUGAGAUAUCAAUAAGGACAUUAAAGUGUUCAACUGGACUGCUCCAGGGCCAGGAUUCUACAACGAUAUCCUAACUCUGAAAAAAUCUGCUCCGAAAUACUCGUUAAAGAGACGAGAGAAGAGUUAUUUUGAUAAAUAAAAGUCCAAAUCCACCUCCAACUCAGUAUACUUUGAAUGAGAAAGCGGUCAAGUGCACUAAGUUCAUGAAUGUCUCAUUUGGAAAGGAUAUUAAAAGUAUUCUUAAGGAUAUUCCUCAGACUCCAGGACCUGCUGAUUAUGAAACUGUUAAGAGAAGAGAAUCAAAAUCAAUCGUUAAGUCUAGGAAAAGCCAUGUAAUGCAGCUCAGACCUACAAGUAGGGAGUGAAGCUUAGCAGUGCCUCUCUCAGGAGAGCCAUUCUCUCCCCUAGGAGCUCUCAAAAGAGCGAGUAGAAUCAUCAAACGUAAGAGAGCCAAAAUGCUUGGGCUAGAUUUCAUAUAAAAAUUAUCUUCAA